AUGACUACUUUCGUAUUUCGCUGGGGAAUUAUUUCAACUGGUAAGAUAGCAACUGCGUUUGUCAAGGACCUACUGGUGGACCCGAAAACCCGCGAUGUUCACGAUGUAGUCCACAAAGUUGUUGCUGUGGGCUCAAGGACUACCGAGAAAGCCCAGGAAUUUAUUAACACAAAUGCUGGGGGAGCCUCGUCGAUCAAAGCGUAUGGAUCCUAUAGAGAGGUUUACGCUGACAAGGAUGUUGAUGCAAUUUAUAUUGGAACACCCCAUACUUGUCAUUAUCUGAACGCCCUCGACGCUAUCAAAGCUGGUAAACACGUUCUGUGCGAGAAACCUGUUACUAGCAAUGGUCAUGAACUUCGUGCCCUUCUAUCCGCUGCAGAUGACGAGGGCGUUUUUUUCAUGGAGGCCGUUUGGACGAGAUUCCAACCUCUUUGCUUGGAGGUCAAGAAACUAAUCGAGAGCGGAAGUCUGGGACCUCCGGUAGUACUUCAGGCUGAUCUGUCUGGAAACUUUGACAUCCAAAAAAUUCCGAAGACACAUCGUAUCCUGGAUCCUGCUUUGGGAGGAGGCGCUUUGCUUGAUCUCGGGCCCUAUCCUCUUGUCUGGGCGAUCAUGGCGUUAUACGAGCAUCCUGACAACAAGCUAUCCGCCCCAUCUGUUUCUGCGUCUAUGCUCAAAACGCCCUUGACGGGUGUAGAUUCGAAUACGGCAUUCACUCUAACCUUUGAUACAGCUGAGCUUCGUGCUCAAGCUGUGCUUAGCUGCAGUAUCAACCUGAAUUCCGUCAAUCCUGGCGUCAUCAUCCGUUUCGAACGGGGCACCAUCAAAAUAUACCCUCCCAUUUAUUGUCCGAAAGAAUACACUGUGGAGUAUUUCGACGACGAGGGAUCAGUGACAAAGGCGGAGAAAAGGGUUUUUGAAUAUGUCGGGGGUGGAUGGCAUUUCCAGGCCGAUGAGGUUGCUAGGUGUGUUCGAGACGGCAAGAAUCAAAGCUCACUUUGGAAUCACAAUAAAAGCUUGUUGGAAAUGGGUAUUUUUGACGAGGUUCGUAAACAGGGAGGAUACAGAUUUCCUCUGGGAGUUGAAAGGGUCGUUGAGUGAAGGGAAUGAACAUCUCUAACUCCGUCGUUGAAUUGACUCAUACGCAAAUGUACGAGUAUGGAUAAUGUUGGGAUUUUGCUGGAAAGUUCUAGAAAGGCAAUCCGGCAUCAUGCCGUGAGUUGAUGAGUAAGCUUGAGAGAAAGAGAAAGUUGUAGUAAAUUCUAGAUAUAAGCCUGGAGAGUAUAAAUACAAGCUCUGUAGGAGUUGUAGAAUAACAAGUUCAUACCAUCUGACCUUACCAGC